UUAAGAGCUUAGCCAGAAAGAAAAUGGGAUUGAAUCGUGUAACACUCGUUUGCUCCGCCAUUGUGUGGCUAAGCAUCUCCGGCUUGAGCCAUGCCGGAGUCACCAGCAACUACACCAGAGUAGCUGAACCUUCCGAAGAAAUGCCACUCGAAACCUUCCCUCCUCCUGCUGGCUUAAACGCUCCUGAACAAGUUCAUAUAACGCAAGGAGAUCACAACGGUCGAGGCAUGAUAAUCUCGUGGGUAACGCCUAUAAACGAUGAUGGUUCGAACGUCGUGCAAUACUGGGUCGCGGAUGGUGACGAGAGUACAAAGAAGAGCGCUGAAGCAUCAACCUCGACCUAUAGAUACUACGACUAUGCUUCUGGUUUUCUUCAUCACGCUACCAUUAAAAAGCUUGAGUACUCAACUAAAUAUUUCUACGAGCUUGGAACUGGUCGUUCCACUAGACGAUUCUCCUUCACGACACCUCCAAAAGCUGGUCCAGAUGUUCCCUACACAUUUGGUGUCAUUGGUGAUCUGGGACAAACCUAUGCCUCUAACCAGACAUUGUACAAUUAUAUGUCGAACCCUAAAGGCCAAGCAGUUCUUUUUGUUGGAGACUUGUCGUACGCUGAUGACCAUCCCAACCACGACCAAAGAAAAUGGGAUUCGUAUGGGCGAUUUGUUGAACCAAGCGCUGCAUAUCAGCCUUGGAUAUGGGCUGCUGGGAACCACGAGAUAGAUUACGCCCCGUCAAUAGGCGAGACUCAGGCAUUCAAGCCAUACAAAAACCGUUACCACGUUCCGUACAGAGCCUCACAGAGCACUUCUCCGCUUUGGUACUCAAUUAAACGAGCCUCAGCGUACAUCAUCAUACUCUCCUCUUACUCAGCUUUUGACAAGUACACACCUCAAAACUCGUGGCUUGAGAGUGAACUCAAGAAAGUAAACAGAGAAGAGACUCCAUGGCUGAUUGUUCUGGUUCACUCUCCGUGGUACAACAGCAACGGUUAUCACUACAUGGAAGGUGAAAGCAUGAGAGUCACGUUCGAGCCAUGGUUCGUCCAAAACAAAGUUGAUAUUGUCUUUGCUGGUCAUGUUCAUGCCUACGAGCGAUCAGAACGUGUCUCCAACAUUAAGUACAAUAUCACUGAUGGUUUGAGUUCUCCCGUGAAAGAUCCAUCUGCGCCUAUUUACAUCACCAUUGGUGAUGGAGGCAACAUAGAAGGAAUCGCUAAUGAUUACACGUACCCUCAACCGAGUUACUCAGCAUAUAGGGAGGCUAGUUUCGGGCAUGCACUUCUAGAGAUAAAGAACAGGACUCACGCGCUUUAUACCUGGCAUAGGAACCAAGACAAUGAGCCGGUCAUCGCCGACUCUCUUUGGGUGAAGAACAGACACUUCUUGCCGGAGGAGGAGUAGACGGUUUCCGGCGACUCAAGAAUGUUUUUA